UACGAAUGACAUCUAUUGCUGUUAAGCCAUUAUUCGGAUAAAGAGCUAUUAACCUUAAAGGACGGUCAAUAAUUGUGAUUCACGCGUGUAUUUUUUGCCGUUUUCCUUGACAAUCUCGCCGAGAACAGAAACAGGCUUGAAAAGAAAGGGUAUUUAUUUUGUCGUUCUUGUCGGCUGGGUGGAAUGGGGGAGUACAAGGUGGUGGUGAUGGGCAGUGGAGGAGUCGGCAAAUCGGCACUUACGAUCCAGUUUGUGCAGGGAACUUUCACAGAAAAAUACGACCCAACAAUAGAGGACUUCUACCGGAAGAACAUGUAUGUGGGGGAGGAUCCUGUGACUCUUGAGAUUCUGGACACCGCUGGCACGGAGCAGUUCGCUUCCAUGCGGGACCUGUACAUCCGCAAUGGACAAGGCUUUAUCCUAGUGUUCUCAAUUAUCAACCAUCAGACAUUCAGGGAAGUGCUCAACCUACAUCAGCAGAUUCUACGUGCAAAGGGCACUAAUCAGGUGCCAAUUGUCUUGGUGGGCAACAAGCUAGACCUGGCGGAGCAGAUGCGAGAAGUGCCGACAAACUAUGCGGAGACAGUGGCCAAGGACUGGGGCCUGCCUUUUCUAGAGACGUCUGCCAAGUACAGCACCAAUGUGGAAGAAGUGUUUAAGGAAGUGGUCAGACUCAUGGUCGCAGCCUCACACACAAGCAGAGGACGCAGAAAACGGGGAGCAGGACAAAACAGUUCAAAGUCAAGCUCAAGCGGCUGCCAGUGCACGCUAUUAUGACGUCAUUCAAAAUGAAAGUUCAGGCCGAAGCAUAUAGUCUAUUUUUGUCCUUUAGUUAAUAUGCUAAAAAUAUUGAAAAAAAAACAAGUAGAUUUCAAUC